GUAAAGGAGUAGUAUUCAGCUUUGAUCCCAUAGGAUCCUACGGUUUAGAAACCUGUAGAGCCACUGGGACAGCAGCUUCAUUAGUUCAACCAUUUCUUGACAAUCAGGUCGAAUUUAAAAAUGUGCAAAUUGACGAAAAACCACGAUUGUCCUUAGAUCGAGCACUUUGUAUCGCAAAAGAUGCCUUUACAUCAGCUACAGAAAGAGAUAUUUAUACUGGAGACUAUCUUGAGAUUUAUGUUAUCAAACAAGAUGGAGUUACUAUUGAGAAUUAUCCAUUGAAGAAAGAUUAA